ACCAUCACCACCCUCCACAGCAAUCACAGCAUGGCCCCCGACGCCGCGGCUCUCGAGAGCCUCGAAUCCCUCGUCCAAACUGCCUGCGCCCUCCUCAAGCAGCUCCAAGACGUCCUCUCCUCCAUCCGCAACAACCCAGACGCGCCCCCCUCAUCAACAACAGCAGAACCCUCCUCCUCUACAGCACCCCUCGACGCCCUCGCCCUCGCCCGCGACUCCGCAACCCUCAUCCGCGCCCACGCCACCAAAGUCUCCCUGCUCAUCAUCAACGAGCCCUUCACGCCCAGCGCAAUCUCCUCCGUCCUGCGCGAGCUCGUCGCGGGGCCCAUCCCGGGCCUCGUCGCCUCCGUGCAGGCCUGCGACCCCAACGGCUACACCCUCGUCUUCCGCAACGAGCUCGCGUGGCGGUGCCAGCGCGUGCUGGCGGAGCUGGCGGACCUCGUGCGGAGGAUCCCCACCGAUGGAAAGGUGCUGAAGAAGGAAAAGGAAGGGUUUGGCGGCGGCGGCGCUGCGGGGGGAAAGGGCAGCAUUGCGUCGACGGGCGUGCUCUGGGCCGCGUGCGACAAGGUGGUUGGUCUUGCGAACGGGGGCGUGGGAGGCUUCUUUGUGGACAAGAUGGGCGAGUGGAAGGAUACGCUCAGCGACAUCAUGGAGGAGAUGAAGGAAUGGGGCGACGAGGAGCCUGACGACGACGACGAGGAUGACGAUGAUGAUGACGAGGAGGACGCCGAUGACUAUGGCGUCAGUGAUCUCGCGGACCAGAUCGGCUCAACGCACAUCUCAACCCAAAACAUCCUCGACGACCUCAUGAGCUCCCACCGCACCAUCCCCGCCGCCGACCCGGACCGCAUCCGCCCGCGCCUCGAAUCCUCCCUCCGCCGCCUCCGCCUCGUCAUCCUCCUCUACCAAGCCAUCACCAAGCGCCGCAUGAAGAAGCUCCCUCCCUUUCCUCCUCCUCCAAAACAAAUCACCGCCACCGCCACCACCACCAACAACAACAAGGACGUUGCAGCAGCAGAAGGAGAGAAGGUCCCCCGCAGACUGGACGAACUAGCGUCCCUGCUGCAGAAACUGCCCGAUCGCUUCGGCGACCUGGCUUGCGCCUUUUACGAGCUGCGGCCCAGGGAGAUCGACGAGGCCAUGGACCAGUGCUUCCUGGACGCGUUUGCCGUCAGCGAGCUGCUCGGCGAGGGGUGGGAUGGCCGGAGGGAUGAGUUUACCGAGUGGACGGACAAGUUUCAGCGCGAGAUCAAAAAGGCUUGA